GGUUGUAUAUAGAAUCUUUAUAGAAGAAUGAUGUCUCUUAAACCGUCUUCUCUGCUUUGUCUGAUCUUUCUCCUCAUGAUCCCAGCUCUUGGGAAUGAAUGGAGUGUGAAAUACAGCCAACUUAAUCUCUGUGCUUUAAAAGGAUCUACAGUGAUUAUGAACGUCACUUACACACACCCACCAGGUCUUACCGUGACACAGAGGUUUUGGGUAAUAAAACCAGUUCAGCCUGAUGAGCCGACUGAUCUGUAUAAUGAACCAGGUUACUCAGGCAGAGUGACGUAUUUAACAGAUGUACAGAAUCACUUCCCCCUCAGUCUGAGUGAUGUGAAGAAAACAGAUGAACAGAUGUACUGCUUCAGAAUCAGAACAAAUGAACAGAAACAAAGAUACCUGGGUAAACCUGGAGUUACACUCAGUGUUACAGAUCUUGAUCUUCAGAUCGCUCCUGCAGAAGUGACAGAAGGACAAUCAGUCGUUCUGACCUGUAACACCACCUGCAGUCUGACUGAUCCAACAUUCAUCUGGUACAAAAACAGCAGAGAUUUAACCACAAAGACCAACAAGGACAAUGAAGUCCGUCUGCAGUCGGUCAGCAGUGAGGAUGCAGGCAGUUAUAGAUGUGCUGUAAGAGGAUAUGAACAUCUCCACUCUCCUGUUCAAACACUCAGAGUCAGAUAUCCUCCAAAGAAAGUCUCAGUGUCCAUCAGUCCCUCUGGUGAGAUAGUGGAGGACAGUUCAGUGACUCUGACCUGUAGCAGUGAUGCUAACCCACCUGUACAGAACUACACCUGGUUUAAGGGGAAGACAUCAGUAGGAAACGAAAAGACCUACAACAUCUCCAAGAUCAGCUCUGAGGACAGUGGAGAGUACAAGUGCAAAUGUAGUAAUGAAGUCGGACAUCAGGACUCCAACAGUGUGACUCUGAAUAUUCUGUAUCCUCCAAAGAAUGUCUCAGUGUCUAUCAGUCCCUCUGGUGAGAUAGUGGAGGACAGUUCAGUGACUCUGACCUGUAGUAGUGAUGCUAACCCACCUGUGCAGAACUACACCUGGUUUAAGGUGAAUGAAUCAUCACCUGUAGGAUCUGGACAGAGUUAUAGAGCUGUACAGAGUGGACAGUAUUACUGUGAGGCUCAGAAUAAACACGGCUCUGAGAGAUCAGCUGCAGUGUCUGUCACUAUUAAUGCAGGUACUGUGAUUGUGAUUGUGUAUGUGGCUGUUGGACUCGGACCUUUUGGGCUUGCAGCUCUUCUCUCUGCACUCUUCUGGCUGAGAAGCAAGAGACAGAAGAAGAGGAAGGCAGAUAAAGGUGACAAUCAGAACACUGGGUCGAGUGCUAAAGAUGACAUUUACCAAAAUCUCGAGAUGUUACAGAUUCCUCAUCCCAGUUCUCAUGCUGACUCUCCCACAUCCUCUGACUAUGGGAAUAUUGCAGUGAGGUUUAUCCCAAAACCACCACUAGAUUAAAUACUAAUUUGAUAAUAAAUGUUUUAUAUGAAGAUGUGCUACAAUACACAGCUGUAACUCCAAAGGUAAUUUCAUAUUAAUUUAUUAAUCAGUAAAAUUAGUGAU